AUGUCGCCCCAACGCCCCAGUCAAGUUCAUGCAGACUUUAUGCAUGAGAAUACUGACUCCCAGGAAGCCAUUGCCCAGCACGACGGUCUGGACUUUUCGUUUCCUCUUUCCGGUACUCAAGGAGCAACUCCACACUUUCCAAGUGAUGGAGAUUCAACCCUGACCUUGCGUCCUACCAAGAGGAUCGCAACUGCUCCUGCCAGUCCCCAACGCUCCCCAAAGCGCAUCUUCCCCAAGAAAAGCCCAUCGGUUCAAUCGGCUCCAGCUGACUUGGCUUCUGCCUUCCAUCCAAAUGAGUUUGACUUCGCCAUUACCGAUGCCAACUUUCCCAAUACUGCCAAGUCCACUGUUGACGCGACCGCCAUCGCUGAAUUUCUGAGUGCAAUAGAAAAGCACCUUGCAACUCCGCCUGAACAGAGACGCACCCCUCGCCAGAACCUUCAAUCCUUCUUGAUUCAACAGCAGCUUGUCGCCGGAAUUCCCGUUGACAAACUCGAGCCCAUGAGUGGUCCUGGAUCUCGUCAAUCACAGGGAAUUCCGAGGCUCUUCAACACACCUACUGCGUUGACAUACUUUAACGAUGCUACCUACAUUCCCGCAAUUCCACCUGCACAGUUCAAUGGAUCUGUUACUCCUCUCCCAAUACAUCCAUCACUGCCAAACCCACCGCACGCAGAGCAGAUAGCAAUCUCAAAUUUUUACACAACCCACUUCGCGACUGGUUCUGGAAUUUUGGGACAGCCUGCUGCUGCGUCUCCUGCUGCGUCUGUCCUUGAGUCUACCACCAUAAAACUAGGUCACGACUCGGAACAUGAGAUUCUAUCACCAGUGGACACGUCUGAAAACGAACCAGAGAAGGAAGCGCUCUGA